ACUCGCGUCAGCUUGACAAUUUCAAAUGAUGUUAACACGUUUGCUGGUAACAUGAUUCUAUUCAUGGAUAAAACCUCUUUCUUCUAAGCUCCAAGGUUUUAACUGCCAGCGUUAACUAGUAAACAAACAAGUCCAUUUAUACCUAUAAAGUAUACUAGUUUAUGAUGUUGGCCUGGUUAGCUGUGUUUAUCAGUGAGUUUGGCUUGGAGUUGUACUGUUAAUUUUUUUGUCGUUCGUUUUUCUGAUGUUUUAAAGUCACGUUUUGCCAACCAAUGACUGCUUUUAGUUUUACGGCUUCCUUUGGUAGGUUUACAAGAUGGCAGUUUAAGCUAAUUGUGGUUGACAGUCCUGAUCGUGCAGUGGACUUCCCAAAAAUUACAAAGCAGCGGGUUUUAUACAGAAAACCUUAUUUAUCACACAUUUACUCAGAUGUCAGCGUUAUUAUAAAACCCAGUUCUUGCUUCAACGCCUUGUAUGGUUCACACACUACAACUAAAAUGAACUUGUGACUUUGAAAGCUGACUGACCACCUGUCACAUUUAGAGAUGCUUUGUAAUUGUAUGUGGUUGCUCGUUCAAUGAGAUUGGCAAAAUUAUAAAUGGAAAAAAAAAAUAUUUUGAUAUUUAUGAGUUUAUUGAUUUCAUAUCACUUAUGCAAGAGUGAGAGAGAUCUGUGCAAAUGUCAUCUCUGGUUUUAUUUUAAGAUCUGUGAUGUAACACUAGACUAAAUGUAAGUUCAAGUCUUUGGAAUUGCUUUGUUUAAUUGGAAGAAGAAGAAACUAUUAUGUCACUGAUGCAAUAAAAACUGUUGGUGAUAAAUAGGACACGGUGCACCUGUGCGAGUCUCCCCGACAGUCAGUAGUGCUGUUUUUGGCCCCAUAAAGGUAUCACUUGCUACAGGUUUUUAAAGGCAGUUUUGCAGAGGAAUGCACACUUGGGCUUUUGUUGGUGUUGUGAAAGAGUUACUUUAUUGACUGUGUGCCCGCCCAGCCUUUCAAAGAUGCAUAGGGGAGAAGUGGACACCACUUUUUUUUUUUUUUUUACUCUUUAAACGGUUAUGGAAAUCUGUCUUAAAAAGUGGCUUGGAAGAAAAUGUACACGCAUGAUAAUAUUUGUUUAUAGAGUUGCAUAUUUGUGCGUUCAGCAUUUCUUACUGGCUGCCAGAUCAAAUUCCAACACAAAGCAUGCAGAUAUUGAAUUGUCUACUAAAGACAGAUACUAAAACAUCUCACUGUCGACUGUCUUGUCUCAGAAGUUUCUAGACUGUAAAUAUUUUAUUAGUAAAGCAUCUUAAUGGGCAGCCUUUACCUGAUAAACUUGUUCUAAGAGGAUGUUUUGAAUCCUGCUACACUUCAAACUUUCAUUUUCUUAAAGGAAUAGUUGACCCAAAAUUGAAGAUUCUCUCAUCAUUUACUCACCCUCAUGCCAUCCCACAUGUGAAUGACUUACUUUCUUCUGCAGAACACAAAGAUUUUUAGAAGAAUAUCUCAGCUCUGUAGGUCCAUUCAGUGCAAGUGAAUGGUGGCCAGAACUUUGAAGCUCCAAAAAUCACAAAAAGGCAGUAUAAAAGUAAUCCAUACGACUCCAGUGGUUAGAUCCAUGUCUUUAGAAGCGAUAUGAUAGGUGUGUGUGAGAAACAUAUCAAUAUUUAAGUCCUUUAGGUUAAAUCAUCACACAUAGUAGACCACUGAGUCAAAAGUCUUAAAGAGAUUAAUUUUCAAGUCUAGUUUUCAUCCACAGUACUGGUUUUGAGUGCCAGACGUAAUCGCGGAAUUUCACAAAUGUGGUGUCCUCCAAGAUUUAUGUCAGACAGGUGUGAUUCAGCCACUCAAGACAAAACAAUCUGCUUUGUUUGCAUUAAAAUACCAAAGUUUGCGUCAUAUUUGUGUUGGCUAAUGCUGUCAAACCACAGGCACUUAGACAUUUUGAGCAAUGAACUUUGUAUCUAUACUGUAAAUCCAUCCAUGCACAUUUCCCCCAACUAAUGGUUGCCACACUCCCUUAGUUGAGAAACAGAGUGCUGUUGUUCAGAAUAUUCCACCGUUUUGCUUAUGUUAGACCUUUGAAGAUAUUGCAUCUGCAUCUUACAUGAUAAAAUAAGUCUGUUAAGGUUAGGUGUAGAUCAAUGAUCAUUUUAACAUUGCAUUGCAUUAGAUGGGCAUUAAAGAUGAUGGUGAACUUUAAUAAAUAUAAUGUAAAUAAUAAAUGUGAUAUCUUUUGUGACAGGAGGUUUUGAAGUUCUAAGAAUAAAAUGUGAUUUUUCUGGUCUUUCAUUUGCUUUCCAGGAUGUUGUACAUUUGUGUUUAAUGUACAAAAGGUGAUCUCUGUCUCUCUCCCACUCCCCCGUCUCUCCAACUCUCUCUCCUUUUCUCUAUGUGCGGACACCUAUUACAGCAUGAAUACAAGAGUGCUCAAAAGAGGAUAACAUUGACAUGACACCUUGCUCCAGCUCUUCUUCUCCUCCUCCUGUGUACUGUGGUGUUUUAUUUAUUUCCCGUUUUGAGAACUAUCCUGCAAGGAUUGAAGAAUAGGAUUCAAGGUUAAUGGAUAUCAAAUACUGGAUUUUCUGGCAUUUGCUAUUGGAUGAGCUAGAGUACAAGUAUUCCUGUCACCACUACAGUCUCUGACACUAUUUUGGACCAAGAUCAGAAGUGACAUCUUUUUGUUUUUUUCAUGCUCUUCAACCUUUUUUAAUUUAUUUUUUAUUUUUUUAUUUUCUUUGGAGAGAAAUUGUAUUUGUAGUCUGCCUUGACAGAGUUUAAUUUUACUUUUCUUGGCUGGACCACUACAUCUGUUCUUUGUGCUUGUUUGUACUAGAAUAUUUUUUGAAACAUUUUUUUUUCUUUGUUUAUUAUAAUCAUACUUUUGUGCUUAUUUUGAUUAAGUUGUACGUUUUAUGGUCUCUGACCUGAAGGCAGUGCAUGUUGUCAUUGAAAUUGUGCUUACUAUUUUUAUUUAUUUCAAAACCUGAAAAUUGUUGAUCAAGUAAUUUAUGAAAUUUCUUUAGAUUAGUAUUUAUGUAGAUGCACACAGAAUUUAGUUUUGUUUUACUCUGACAAGAGACAUUUGCUUUUUCUCAUUGUGUGUUUUCUUAGCCACUGCAUUCAGGCAAAGACACAGUUGAGAAUAAAAAAGCGAAUAAUCUAGUUAAAUCCACAUAGGCAUAUUUGUAUUUUUAAGCAAAAAUAUAAGAAUGUUAUAUUUUUGUUGACACAUUAGCAGUGCUUAACUGGAAGUCUGUCUCUUAGAUGAUAGAAUCACAAGUUAAUGUGGUUUCUGUAUAUUGUGCUUUGAUCAUAUGUUAGUAACAGUUAGUAUCAUGAUUGGCAUUGUUUCACACUAAAAGCACUGAUUUGAGGGAGAUUUAACACUAUCAGGGAUAGAAAAGCCUGCUGAAGUUUCUUUCUAAAUUUGAACAGACACCUGUUGAAACACUGUCAUCUUUUAAGAUUGACAAACUCAUUGAAAAGCCCAUGAUUUGGGUUUAAAAAGCUGACACAUAAAUACACUCAAUCACUAUCUUCAUCAACUACUUUAAACAUCCAGUUCUUCCAUCCAGAACACCAAGUAAUCUCACUACAGCUUAAAAAAGCAUUUAAAAGGCCAAGAACAGAACUCUGCAUGAAGUGCUCGAGCUCCAAACACACCCUCCAUUACCCUGUGGUGCCGCCACUGAGCCUAGGCCCUGAACAUGCGCUCACCAGGUCCACAGAGCCCAUCCAUGACUGAGGAGGCCCUCCUUCACGGACAAUUUGGCGGUUGGAGCAGUGGAGGGGGAAGUGGAAAUAACAAUAACAGCUGCCCCAACAGCCCUGGAGGUGUCUCUUUACCUUCCAGCCCCACUUCCACCAGCUAUGCCCUGACCCUUACCCCCACACACAUCCAUGUCCAGCGGCUGUCUUCUCACACAGGUAAGCAGUCCAGGCUAAUGCUGCCGCUGGCUGAGCUGACUGGCUGCAGCUGUCCACGGUCACCAGCCCCUCCUUUGCUGGUGCUUUACUGGUACCCUCCGGGUAAACGGCGGAAGGGUGUCUCCAGACACAGACAGGUGAGGGCGUACUUGGCGGAGAGUAGAGCUGAGGCGGAGAAAUGGAAUGCUGCUAUACAUUGCUUGCUGAGGGGGAUGGAUGUCAGUUCCACCACAGAAUUUAGCAAAAGCAUGUUGCCUCGUCCCCGUCGACUGUUGCUGCUGGUAAAUCCAUUCAGUGGACGGGGUCAAGCAAUGCAGUGGUGUCAAACGCACAUACUUCCAAUGAUAAGAGAAGCCAACGUCAGCUACAACCUUAUACAGACAGAGCGUCAGAAUCAUGCACGUGAGGUGAUCAGAGAGAUCUCUCUACCAGAAUGGGAUGGAAUUAUCAUUGUAUCUGGAGAUGGACUCUUGCAUGAGGUGAUAAAUGGCCUUAUGGAAAGGCCAGACUGGGAACAAGCAAUAAAAACUCCUGUGGGAAUUCUGCCGUGUGGCUCUGGGAAUGCACUUGCUGGUUCAAUCAACCACUAUGCAGGAUAUGACAUGUGCCUUCGGGAGUUUCUCCUCCUCAACUGCUGUUUUCUGCUUUGCCGGGGUGGGGUUAAACCGAUGGACCUAGUCUCUAUUACAACCAGCCCGAUUGCUUCAUCCUCCUCAUCCAAUCAGAAUGGGCACCCACCUGCUCCCAGGAGGCUUUUCUCUUUCCUCUCUGUGGCAUGGGGUUUUGUGUCUGAUGUGGAUAUUGAAAGCGAGCGCUACAGAGGACUGGGCUCUGCACGGUUUACACUAGGAACACUGGUUAGAUUGGCUUCUCUGCGCUCCUAUAAAGGGCGUCUUUCCUACCUGCCACCUGCUAUGUUCAAUCUGUCCCCAGAUUCCACACCUCAGCCUCCCCGCCGGCCUCUUUCACGCAGCAUUACGGAGGGUCUGGAGGGGUUUUGUCGCACACCCAUCCACCGUACCUGCUCCGACAUGGGCCUGAGUGAACAGAGAAGCCUCCGAAAGGGAGAUGGGGAGAGAGAGAGGGAGCGAGAGAGGGAGAGGCAGGAGAGAGAGAGGGAGAGGGAAAGGAGGAGAGAGAGGGCAAGGGGCGUAGGAGUAGUGAGAACUAGCAGUCUAGCAGAGGACAGAGAGAGGGAGAUAGAAGCAGAAGAGAAAAUGGAGGAGACAUCAGGUACCAGCUCGGAAUCUAACGAAAGGGACAAGUGUGAAAACAUAGCCAGUAAUGAUGAAGGGAAUAAAAGGGAGACAAGAGAACUUGGAGGGAACGAGUUGUGUGAGAGAAAUGGGGUGGAUGAAGGAAAGGAGGUUAAAGAGUGUGAAGGGAGUUAUGAGACCAUGCCACCUGACCUGCAACACACAUUACAUAAAAACUCUGCCCCCUCAAGCCAGAUCAUUAAUGCCUUCUUUAGCCAGCCAAUCAGUGCAGAUACUGACCAAGACUUGGAGCUGGCAGCUUAUGGGAAGGAGGAUGAAGAUCUAAAUGGCUCCUACUUUCAGAGAGAGGCAUAUCCACUGGACAAGUCUCGGGAGCGAGCCCUCACCAUCUCUUCCUCUCCAUUCCGUCAGUCUCCUUUCAAAUUCAAACCUAAAACUUUGGAUCAGAACCAGAACCCCUCACGGCCACGGCCCCUUUCCCUUCACCACCAAACUCAUUCAAACUCUCUUCCACCAAAAGUCCCAUCCCUUUCUCUUUCCCUUUCUCCGACCCCUCCAUCAUCUCCAUCUAGUGCUUCUCCCCGUUCUUCUUAUCUCGCCCCUCGUCUCAACACCCCCAGCUCCUCUUCCCCAUCACCUUCCUUUUACUCACCAACUCCAUCCUUCAACUUUGACCUCACUGAGCCCACAGGGCCCUUGAAGAACCACCCUAACACGACCUCCUCCAUCCACCUGCCAGAGGAUGACCUGCUACCUCCUCUGGACCAGCCUUUACCUACACGAGACUGGGUCACCAUUGAGGGUGACUUUGUCCUUGUUCUUGCCAUCUACCAGUCCCACCUGGGAGCAGAUCUUUUUGCUGCUCCUCAGGCCCGAUUUGACGACGGGUUGAUCCAUCUGACGUUUGUGCGGGCUGGUAUCUCCCGGGCAACCCUCUUAAGACUAUUCCUAGCAAUGGAGAGAGGAGCCCAUUUGUCUCUUAGCUCUCCCUAUGUUAGUCAUGUUUCUGCUCGGGCUUUCCGUCUUCAGCCACUUUCGCAUCGAGGAACCCUCACUGUGGAUGGGGAGCUGGUGCCCUAUGGGCCUCUGCAGGCACAGGUUCAUCCCUCAAUGGCCCGUUUGAUUGUCGGGGACACUGGAGUAAAGAUUACAAGAUUCUGACCUGUUUGGAUUUGCCCAGGCAGGGAUUAACAUCACGCUCUUGGUGACAUAACAUUUUGCCAUCAACAUAUUGGGGGAGAGACAAACAGCAAGCCAGCAGUUGCAAUCACUGCUUUUACUUGGAUUAAACAAGGGAUUGCUUUUUCAAGCUGCAUAUGCAAGGAGUAUUUUGAAAGACUGUAGGAUUACCACUUGGAUUUCCCUCACUGUAGCCUUAGAGAGAGAAAGCAGCAAUGUCUGGAUAAACAUGGAAAUGUUGAAACUGAAUGUAUAAAACUGGUGUAUACAUUUUAGUAUUCAUUUGUUCAUAGAUUGUCAACAUUACUCCUGCCUUAUUUCAGUGAGAGAGAAACAAAAGUCACAGACAGAACACUAAAAAAUGCAGGCUUUUGGGUUGCCACGCAUUGAUCCAAAUAUGACAUCAACCAUGUCACAUAAUAGGUACCCCUUGAAUGCCUUAUCCGUCUCUGAAUUCAAAGUGCAAUCCCCUUAAUUUACAUACCCAUUUAGUAUCACAAUUAAUCCUGAGACCUCAUUUAGCAAAGAUUUAUCUACAUUCUCGAUCCGGCUCUUUGGAAACCUUCCAUUGUUUCAUGGAACUAUUUAGAAAUGCAGUCAGUUCUGCCUUGCAUACUUGCAAACCUUCUUGCUUUGAGCAGAAUUAUGUCAACAAUGGCAUUUUUUGUGGGUAUUUUUAGGACACAAUCAUUGUGUAGAUUGAGUGGAGCAGUUAAAUGUGGACUUAUAUGGUGUACUGUAUAUUGCAUUGCUAGUUUGUGUAAGAAUAUAUGAUAUUGUUAGGUUACUAGCUAUAUGCAUUGCAAUGAACACUGAAAAAAAACCUUUUAGUUCAGGGUUUUUUGUUUUUCACGAUUUGCAUUAAAUUUGCUCUCAGAAAUCGGUCUUUAGAACCUUCACAUACAUGUUUUGGUGGUGCUUUGAGAAAUCUGUCAAUCUCUAAUUGCUUAACAGUCAGUCAUGGUUUAAAUACAAGGUAGGGGGCCUGGUAGUGGUUUUCAGUUUCUUGGUAAUGUGAUUCGCAUAGGCAAAUCUGCUUAAAGUUUACUAACUUUCAUGCAAAUUUAAGUAAAAAACUUUAAUGUUUGAGGACUGGUGAUUGCUUCUAUAUACAGUAUAACGCUCAGUUUCCACGCAGUGAGUAACUGGAAGCUCGCAAUCAACUGGUAAAGCACCUUCUAAAACCCAUCCUCUUAAAAAUUCUAUUAAAUAUUAGGUAAGGAGUAUUUCAUAAUAAUCAGUAACUUAAAUUGUUUAGCCUAUUUCUUUCCAACCAUAUUUUGAGAGUCACUAGAGACUUAUUCUUCAGCUCUGUUGAAAGUAAAGCUGUGGAGCUGACCAUGAUUGUAAAAGAACUCUUGCUUGGUGGCCUUUCCAGCACUCUUGAAUUUUACCUAAAUUUACUGGAGAAAUGCCCUAUUUACUACUUUAAUUUUCCUGUGGACCAUAUUUUGUCAGUUGCAGACUUUGCUUUCAUUUCAGAAUUUGAAAUUAUUAGUAAAUUACUCCAAUGACUCGGCUGGAAUUUCCGAACAGCUGUUUAGUUCUGUCUUGUGCAAUCAUUUAUACAUCAGUUGAUCACUGCUGUACUCCGUUUUUUGUAUUCACUCAAAAGAUUAAACAUUCUGUUACCAUUUGCUCACCCUCAUGUUGUUCCAAACCCAUAUGACUUUGUCUUCCAUGGAACACAAAAUGAUAUUUCAGAACAGUCUUAGUCCCCAUUCACUUUCAUUAUAUGGAAAAAGCUUAACAUCUGCCUAACAUGCCAUUUUGUGUUCCAUGGAGGAAAGAAAGUCAUACUGAUUUUUGGAGUAAAUGAUAACAAAACUUUAAUUUUGAGUUGAACUAUCCCUUUAAGCAUGUACGUAUGUGUAAUGCUAGUUGUUUUAUUACUAGUCUGCAUGCUCAAAACUGAUUUGAGCUGCAGUCAAAUGCUAUUUAUUUGUUUUUGGUUUAAAUUCUCUCCACUAUGUUUCCUUCCUCCAUUUGUCAUACCUUGCUUUAGAGUGAUCUAAUAAUUUUGGUUUCCACCUUGAAAAUGCCAGUUUAAGAUGUCUUCUCAUUCUAUGAUGCUUGUAAUAAGAUUGCAAUUACUAUUAAAAGAAUAUUAUAUUAAACAUAUAUAUAUAGAGAGAUAUUAUUUACAGUUCCUAGUUCUGUAUGGUUUAAAAUGUUUACGUUAAGAUAAACUAUGAAACUUAAAAUUCUGUGCUUUUUACUUUCUAUAGAAGCACCAAAGUGAGAAAAACAAUUGCAUGAGGUGUUGCUGCCAAUAAGGCUCAUGAUUGAGGAUAAAUGUCUGCUUCCGGUUUGAUUUAGUAAAUGUCAGCUCAGGAAUGUUUUUCUUCUUCAGUUAGCACAUCCUCAAGUGUAGAUAUGAAAAAAAUGAGCUACUGAACAAUGAAAAACUUGUGACAAUUACCAAAGCGAUUGUGUGCAAAUAAUACAAAACCGAUUCAUAGGUGGAAAACAAAGCUUGUUCUCUUUGGGCAAGAUGAGGAAGGCACCAGUGGUCAGGUAGUACAGUAUGUUUCACAUUUCUCUGUCUCCUGCUAGUUAUCUGGUUUGCACAAAAUUGUAAACAAGGAAGCUGUCGUCUCAGACUCGCUUCCUCUCUUCCUUAUAAUCUCUGUGAACCAUUACACUGUUCAGCCACUUUCUUGCUUUCUUGUAGUGUCUCCACCUCCCUUUUAGCUUCUUGAGCAGUUUAUUUCCCCCUUGUUUUCCCACAUGUAUCUCAGUGUCCACUCGAUUACAACAUACUACAUUGCCCUUUUUCUCCUUUAGAUUACAUCUCUCUGUUGCCCUCUCUCCCCUCCACUCAUCUCCCCUCCUUUCCCCAUUAGCAAGCCGUGUUGGAUGUAAUGCAUUACUGUAAUAAUUUAUUAAUAAUUUAAUUACAGUUACUUCUUAUGUAAUUGUGUUAAAUACUGUAUAGACUCUAGAACAAUUCUAUAUAAAGCAAUAGUGAAUUUAAAAUUUAAAUUUAACGUCUAAUGUUAAAAUGUAUGUUUUCUAAUUUAAUGCAAACCCCUUAAAUUCUUUGGCCAGUUCAUAAAUAAUUUAUUUGAUUUUUUUAUGAUUUAUUUGAAAGAAUUAAAAGAACAAUUUCAUGUCUAUCCUUGAAUUUUUCAUCUGGUUGAGGUAGAUCAGGGUUUUAGAAAGUAAUAAGUAAUGCAAUUACAUUUCAGAAAGAGUAAUUAGUACAAUAAUCUAAUUACAUGAUAGAAGAUGUAAUUAGUAGUUAGUAAUUAAUUACUUUUUUAGAGUAACUCAUCCAACAUUGGAAGCCAAUUAGAUAUAUUAUAACCUACUUUUGUAUGAUUAUUCAUGAAUCAUACAAGGUUUUUGAUGCUCCGCUCUAGAUAAAACUGGAUGGCGUUGUUGACGUCCCCUUUUGUCCUUGGCAGUUGCUUGAUUGCUGCAUACCUCAUGCUUUUGCUACAUAAACUCUCAGGUGGUGGCAGCAGUUAAGCAAGCUUGUUGUUUAGAGAGAGAGAGAGAGAGAGUGUGAAAGCCAGCAAUUGCAUCACAACAUAAAGAUUUAACAUUUUUACAGUGUUUAAUGUACAGUUGAGAUGCUGUUCAAACUGUCUGCGCUAUCAGUUUGGUUACACUAGGACAAAGCCAUCAAAUUGAAGACAUUUCAGAUACCUUGAUACUGCAUUUCAUAUGAUGUAUAUUUUAACAACUUGAUGUUUUAAUGAUGUUGUAUUGAAUUUUUUUUUUUUUUUUUUUUUUUUGUAUUUGAAAGCUCCUGAAUGAGUUCCACAACAUAGAUGCAUCAUCUCUGAUACCUAUGUGCAAAUGAUCUCCAACAUCCACAACGUCCAUCCACAAUUUCCAUUCUAAAAACAAACCUUAUGAAAAGUAUCUUGUUUUGGAGGAUCCAGCAUUAUCAAGAGAAGUGCUGCUAGUAACCUCUGCCUGAUAAAUCUAAGCUGAUUACACUGAAAGCAGCUCAUAAAUUAGAUCAGCCAGCCAGCCAGAAGAUCUGCUAUCUUGUAGGUUCCUACCAAUGUGAUCUUUACUCAACCCCCGACACCUUCUCCUUCUGAAGUCCUGUUUUAGUUCUGUAUUGACAUGAAUGAUUGAAUUCAACAAACAUGAUGCCAAGGAACGUGAAGCUGUUAAUCCGUAAUGUCUUCAGAUCCAGCAUCUUGGUGUGAAGCCUACUUGUCUUGACACUUUGAUAGUAUUUGCAUUGAUCACAACGGAACCUAACACAUGUGUUGACCACAAGAGGGCAUGCACAAUCCAAAUUUAAUAAGAUGACUUCCUUUAACCAAUAAAGUCAUCUACAAGCUGUUACAGGAAUGAAAUACAUUCUAGCUUACUAAUAUGAAAAAAGUUGUUUAAAUACUAUGGAAGCUAUAAAUUAGGCCCUUUGGUAGAUGGGGAAAAAAGUGUUUCUACACGUCUCAUAAACACCCCCAAAAAUGUAUGUUUACAAAUUUGAAGAGAUUUUCUAAUAGAAUUCACCAUUAUCAACAAUAUUCUUUUAUAGAUUUUAUCUACAUUUUCCUUGCUCUAUUUUUUUCCCAGCUUUCAGUGUGAUUUUGAGUGCCCAUAAAAUCUUGUAUUUAACUAUAGUAAAAGAUUGGUAAAUUGGACCAGCUUUAGUUGUAGAGUAAUUCUUCAUUUAGAGUUC